GUGGGCGAGCGAUGUGGCCAGUGUCCAGGAAUCGCAUCACCAGAGCCAGCACGACCAUCGAGCGCCAACCCAGGGCUUCCGCGCUGGUCCUCCGCCUCCCGACUGUCUUUCGCAUCCAUCCAGCUGUCGAUCCAGCUGUCGAUCCGUCCGUCCGUCCGGCGAACAGCCCCCGCACCAAAAAAAUGGAUCUUCACCAGAUCACUCGCAUCUCGUCCUUCAGCAACCUCUACUCGGACAGGACUCUCUUCCCCUCUGGCGACCGCGGCUACAUCCAGUUUGAGUUUGGCGCCCCAUCUCCGGCCCUGCUCCAGACCGCCUCCGCCAUCUUCCAAGAGGCCACCGCCCGCAAGCUGUCCAAGCCAGAUGCUGGCUUGGCCUUCCAGUAUGGGCCGAAGCUUGGCGACAGCGAGUUCCGCAGUGAGCUCGCUCGAUUCCUGGCGAACGAGUACGGCAGCCCCGUUGAGGCCAAUCACCUCGCCGUCACCAGCGGGGCAUCGCAGUCCUUCAGCAACCUCAUCACCAUGUUCACGACCUCUGCGACCCGCAUCUUGAUCGAAGAUCCGACCUACUUUCUGGCCCUCAGAGUCCUCCAAGACCACGGCUUCCAGGAACGCGACUUUGUCUCGGUCCCAGUCGAAUCCGGUGGCAUUUCACUGCAGAUCCUCGAAGAGAGGCUCAAGGAGCUCUCCAGCAGUGUCGACCAACAGGCCUUUGCUGGCCAGCCGGCCAAAAAGUUCCCCUUCCUGCUCUUCACAAUCCCCGACUACUCGAACCCGACGGGGCAGUCUAUGCCUCUGGACAAGCGUAUCCGCUUGAUCGAGCUAGCCCGCAAAUACGACGUCCUAAUCAUCUGCGACGACGUCUAUCCUCUGCUCGGGUAUCCUGGCGCGGAGCCUAACCCGCCCCGACUCAUUGCACUCGAGCACCAGGUGCGAUCCGAAACCGACUUUGGAAACGUCAUCUCGAAUUGCUCUUUCUCCAAGAUCUUUGCCCCGGGCGCACGCCUCGGUUGGGUCGAGGCCUCGCCGGCCAUCAUCAAGCGCCAUGAGACCUUCUGGGUCCUCUACUCCGGAGGCAGUCCCAACCAUCUGACCUCUGGAAUCAUGACCGAGAUCAUCCAGACCGGCAAGCUCAAGACCUAUAUCGCACAGCUCAGGGAAACCUACAGCCACAACGCCGAGGUGACCUACGAGACCCUGCGGCUGCAUGGUGAGGGGCUGGGUAUGCGCAUCGAGAAACCCAAAGGUGGAUUCUUCAUCUGGAUCGAGUUCCCGUCCCAUGUCAACACCCACGCCCUGUACCAGCAGCUGAAGCAGAAGGAAGCGGCAGGCACAAGCAACACUCGGGUAUCGUUUGCUCCGGGCUUAAUUUUCACUACAGUCCAAGGCCGGUAUCUCAACUGUCUGCGACUGUCGAUUGCCCACUACGACGCCGAGGAGCUGCGUGAAGGAGCUCGCCGACUCUGCCGGGCGGUCAAAGAACUGCUGGACAUCUGAGCGCCGUCCUCGACGCUCCCCAAUGAUGUCAGUACUGAUUUCCAGCGCUGAUGCUAAUGUGGUCAGCUCGCCAGUUGUCGUCAACACGAGCAAGAGUACAUUGGAGUUGAAGUUGUCCCUGAUUGUGUCCGUGUGGAAACCAAUGGAUCGCUGGGCAUCAUCUCCGAUGGCAGAGCUGCCUCAAGUACCUGGAAAGGUGACGGAGUGCAAAUAUAUAUCCUGCCGCUUCCGCGAGAGGGUGUACGAUGGCGAUCGGGACUCGCGCUGCUGUGAUGGACUCGACGAUGAGACAUGGUGGAAUGAAGAUAACUUGGCCCACUUGGGCGUUCCUGGCCGCA